AUGGCUGCUACAUCUGCUGCAGUGCUAAGUGGGUUGGGAUCAGCCUUCUUGACUGGAGGAAAGAAUAGCCAAACCUUGUUGUCUGCACCCAUUUCAGCUAGAGUUGGUGGUUCUGGCUCUCCCAGGAGGUUCAUGGUGGCGGCUGCUGCUCCCAAAAAGUCUUGGCUUCCUGGUGUUAAAGCUGGUGGCAACCUCGUCGACCCUGAGUGGCUUGAUGGCUCGCUUCCAGGUGACUUUGGUUUUGACCCACUAGGCUUAGGCAAAGAUCCAGCAUUCCUUAGGUGGUACAGAGAGGCUGAGCUCAUCCAUGGCCGGUGGGCGAUGGCCGCGGUCGUUGGUAUCUUCGUCGGUCAGGCGUGGAGCGGCAUCCCGUGGUUUGAGGCUGGUGCCGACCCCAGUGCCAUUGCACCCUUCUCCUUCGGGUCUCUCCUCGGCACCCAACUCCUCCUCAUGGGAUGGGUUGAGAGCAAAAGGUGGGUUGAUUUCUUCAACCCCGAGUCACAGUCUGUGGAAUGGGCUACUCCAUGGUCAAGAACUGCUGAAAACUUUGCUAAUGCAACCGGCGAGCAAGGCUACCCCGGCGGCAAAUUCUUCGACCCACUGUCCCUUGCCGGAACAAUCAAGGAUGGCGUUUACAUUCCCGACACCGAGAAGCUUGAGAGACUGAAGCUGGCAGAGAUCAAGCAUGCAAGACUUGCAAUGUUGGCAAUGCUAAUUUUCUACUUUGAGGCUGGGCAAGGAAAGACACCCCUUGGAGCUCUUGGUUUGUAA